GAAAAAUCAAUGAAGAGGUGCCUUGUUUUUGUUGCAAUACGCAUGCUCGAAUUGAUUCAUUUUCUUCAUUAUGCACAAAAAAAUAUUCUGUUUGUAGUAUUUUUAGUGCAAACACAGUAAUUACGUCUUACUAUAUCCAAAUGAAAGAAACAAACUAAAAAUGGACUUAGCAAUACGAGACUUAAAUCCCAAACCCAUGGAUGAUUUCCCAAAGACAUCUCAAGAUAUUCAAGAUGCACAAAUGACCUCCAGUACAGUUUCAAGUCUAUCGUCCCCCGUAGAUUCGGGGGUACAGCUAUUAGAUAGUGAAAGUGAAAUAACUUCGGUAAUGUCAGUGAGUGGAUUCAUCAGUGAUAUCGAAAAUAUACCAUCUGAUAUCAACAGAACUAGUAAAUUGGAAAAACGAAGAGAAGAAUUAGAAGAAAAACAUGAUGUAGAAAAGCCUCUUAUAGAAGAAGUUAAAUCGAUGACAAAAAGUGAUAUUAUAAAUCAAAAUAUUAGUGAGGAAUACAAGAAGUUAUCAGCUUCCUUACCGAAUUAUUUUGAUAGUAGGAAAUUUGAAACACCCAAUGAUGAAAUGUUUGAGAUGGAACACCCCAUUAAGGGCUCUGAAAAAACUGACAUUAUGAACGUCUCUUUAACCAGCUAUGAAUUACUAGAUUACACACAUCAAAACAGAAAUCUCGUUGAUGAAAAUACUGAAAUGCAUGUAAGUCUUUCAGAAGAAGUGAACGAAAGCUUAAGAUUAUCCUUAAAUCAUCCGGAACCUCAACCAAUACAAACGGUUUCUGAAGAAAUUCCCAUCACUGCUAAACUAUGUGAGGAACAAAUUGUUUUUAGAAGGCAGAGAAGAAAGAAAUCAAAGUCGGACACUCCUAAAAAACGGGUUUCCUUUCAUGAAGAUAUUUUGAACAGCACGAAAAUAGAUGAUAUUCAUAUUAAUCACGGAUUUAUUACACAUGAACCAGAGGUGUCCCUUAGUUUUUUUCAAAGAGGAUUCAUCAGGAAGCCAGAUGUUGUAAAAGGAAGAUACAGCUGGGCCGCAGAAGGAGAUGCUCCCUAUUAUGAAAAACCCAAUGAACGUGAAGUUAAAUCGGAUAUAUACAUCAACCAGAAUAAACAUUCUUCGACAUCAUCCAGCUCAACCGGCAGCUCUAGCUCUAUAGACGAAGAAGACUCAGAUGAAACUUUUGUUAAAAAAGUGCCAAGCUUGAAAUCCAAACCGAAGUCGAGUUGUUUGAAGAAGACCAAACACACUAAAAAGUACAUUGACACGAACAUCGUACACGAAGACAUCGGUAUUAAGAAGAAAAAGUUGGAGAGCAAUUUAUUGGAUUCAAAUAUAUUCGGAAGUCUCAAAAAUAUUUUGAAUUUUUCUACUUCAGUCCCGCUGGCAGAGCGAGGGGUACCAGAAGGCCAAGAAGACCUUACCGUAUAUGCAUCAUCUCACGAUAUCGCAAAAUCAAAUAGACGUUCCUUUGGAGACUUGAAACUCAGAUGUUUUGAGACAAUAGAAUUACCACCAGCCGUUAGUAAGCUUGACCAAGCUAAGAAUAAUUUGAAGUUGACGAAAAGCGAAGGGUUCUAUCCGAGUUAUCCAAAUGUGCAGCAAAAUUUACCCGGAAACAUUAUACUAUGUGAUAGCAAUGUUUACGAACACAAAGGAAUCAGUUAUUCAUACGAAUAUGACAAAUUCCAAAAAACAUUCGAACAACAACAAAAACCAAAAAGCUCAACAGUUUACCAAACGAUUCUCAAAGAAUUCAACUUCUUUAGAAGAAAGGCGCACGAAGACCAACAAACAAAUCCUGAGGAUGAUUUCGAAAUAAUAACCCAAACUUCCACACCGAUUAAAAAUGAAGAAGCCAAUUUAGAAAUUGAAGAAGUGGAAGAGCCAGAAUUUUCGGAUCUCAAACCUACCGGCGGCGGCAGCGCUCAUAAUAAUUUGAAUAAAUAUUCUACUGCUAGUAAAAUGGAUUGGUCUGAUAAUGAAACUAUUUCGGAUUUGGUGGAACCUCAAAAUUCGAGGCAUUUAAGUUCGCCAAAAAGAAAAAUAAACAAGACCAAUCACUACUCAGUUAGUAGUUCAUUUAGACCUAUAUCGUACGAGAGAUCGGAGGAACAAGAUAUGGCUAAAUCGUUGCCUUCUAUACGUUCGUCAAGCUCUAAAACUUCUCUUAUUAACAGGUUUCUGAAAAAUGUCACUGCAAGAAAGUUGUUAGACAUAAAGAUUCAAAAUAAACAAAAAAGCUCUAGAAGGAUUGUCGACUUGUAUAUUAAGGGAGUAAAAUCAAUACCAAGAAGCGAUGAAAUCGAUAGAUAUUUAGAUAAUGAAAUUUUAGCUGGGAAGAAAAAAUUAAUGAACAACGUUGGUGCGAUGGUAGAUAAGAAAAUGUUGAUACAAUUUAGAAAAGAAGUUUUUAUGAAUAGACUUGAAAAAUUACAUAGGAUUUUCAAUGUAAGAAGUGCUUACACUACAUCGGGAGAAUCGAAACCUCUAUUAUUCAUCAUAACAGACACCACUCUAUAUAUCAGUAGUUUGAAACCGACCGGCACAUAUGCGAACCAUUUCGUCCUUCCUUAUACAGUACUCAAUACCAUAUUGAUCGGUCCUCAAGGACAAACCAUCCAUUUUUCGAACUACGACAAAGACAUGCAGUGCAUGAUUAGUACUGGGUGUUCGAGUUUAACAAACGAUUUGGUCGCUCAGCUGGAAAUAGCGAUGAGAAGAGAUGCCAAUAAACCGAAAUUACCGGCUGUGAAGCAGCUGUCGAUGAGAGAUAUGACUAUAUUGAGAAGAGCUAUAUGCAAACAAACAUCUGUACAUAAGGAUGAGGAAUAUUUUUACUACAGUAUUGUAAACGUACAGGAUUGUACGUCUGAACUAGAUCCUACACCUUUAGGUCCCAACAAGGAAGGUCCUCUAAUGUUUAAAACUCCAGAAACCGAAUCUUCUCGAUGGGAAACUGCAUAUUUUAUUUUAAAGGCUGGUGUUUUGUACAUGUUAUCCUCUCCUUCGCAAAGGGUACCCAUGAGGGUGUUCCCUCUUAUUAACGGCUGUUGUCAAGGUGCUAGAAGGGUGAUCAAUAGCGCUAGACCGCAUACAUUUCAGUUGAUAGUGGAAGGAAAAAGCCUACUUUUGGCGGCUCCCAAUGAAUACGUAGCCAGUGAAUGGUUGCAAGAAUUGGUGCAUGCAGCCAGUGGUAUGUAUAAUACCUACAAGGAAAAAAAUCAAACUCAGUCUUGUUCCCUGCUCAUGACGAGCGAACACGUAUUGACAGUCAGAGAAACAUUCCCGAAUAUUUUGAAUAACGUAUUGACUUCGUGUAAUCAGCAUGAACCUAUCAAAGAAACGCAAGCCUUGUCGUGUGCCUCAAUUGUAGAUUUAACCUCGUUCAGAUUACCCUCGGCCGAACAAUCUUGGUGCAUAUUGGAAUUUGCAUGUAGAGAGGUACAUGAAUACAGUGGCGAUUGGAUAUUGUAUUUUACUACAAAUGUAGAACUGGAAAAAUUCAUAUCCACAUUGGAAACUCUGUGGAAUUACAAUAAUGAGACGGGACACAGUUUUCCCCUCAAUACAAUCCCCGAAACUGACCCUCUAAGUAAAAAAUGCGUAGACGUUUACACUUCCCUUAUUGGAAAUUGGCCGUCUGAUUCUAAUUCUGUUUUAUUACAAUUAUUGUAAGUCUUUAGUUAAUUUCUCAUAUUUUUUUUUGUUUCAUUUUGCAUAAAUCAGUUUUUCUUCUUACUUAAAAAUGAUCUAUCAAAUUUGAUACAAGAAAAUUAUUAAUAUUAAUAUAUUUAAGAUAUAUUUUUGUUUUUGAUUCUUGGCCUUUUUUAGUUCAAAGUAAACCUACCUUGUUUUUAUCUGUAAAGAUUGAUUUUUUUUUAUAUAUAUAUAUUUUAUGUACCUAAAUAAUUUGAACAUGGAAUUUUUUCAAAAUCCAUAAAAAGGUGAAGACACUUGAGUAUUCUUCUUGUAAUUAUUUGUAAACAUUUUUGAUGGACCAUUUUAAAACGUUUCUAUAGGUAUCUAUAUUUUUUUAUACUUAGAUUAUUUCGAUUUAAAUAUUUAUUGUAAAAUAUAUUUAUAUAUUUUGGAAAGUUUACUUUUCUACUAGUCAUUUUUGUGUUACGUUUAAUAAUACGGAGUAUUGUGAUAUAUAUGAAAUAAAUAAUGUAAUGAAUGAUAUUAUUACUUAUAUUAAUGUUAUUGAUAUAAUGCGCUUCUGUAAUUGAUAUACAGAGUGUUCAACCAGAAUCUUAUUUGAAAAUAAAUGUGGUAAAUUCAAUUCAAACAUUACAGGUGCAGUUAGUUUAUUCAGCAUGUAUUAAUUUUUAUUAUCAUAAAAUUACAAUUUACAUCUUUGCUACCUUUGCCAUAUUUAUUACAAAUAUUGAACAACGGAUAAUUUGGUGUAACACUCAUUUAGGCAUAUGUAGACAAUGUACUAUUAUACUAAUUUUAAUUUUUCUCCGACCACUAUUCAUACAUUUCAUGUAUAGGGUGAUUCAUGGAGAGCAACCGAUUAUAUUUCGAGAAUCGUAGUUAUUUACAUUACAGGGUGUUUCAAAAUUAUACAGGUGAAAAUAUGGCGGACAAUUCCUAUAAACAUGUAUCAAAAUAAGGGAAGAUAACUCCCUUCAAGAUGGUUUUCUGGCGAUAUUUUCGAUACCGGUACCUUACUUUAAAUUUUGGAUUUCUCUUAAAAUUAACAUUGGGAGGAAAACUAGGGAGGAAUGGGGUAAAAAAAGUACAAAACAUGUUAUUCUUCUACAUUUUAGUAUUUGUUAAACCAUACUUAUAAAAUUCAAUCUUUUUUACAUCAAAAAGUACUGUUGGUUCACUUCGAUAAGAAUGAUAGUUUUCUAGGAAUAUCGCUUGCUAAAUUUAGAAGUAUGGGAGAGUAGUAUAGAAUAAAACGAUUUUCACAUUGUAAAUUUUUUUUAUUAUAAAAAUAUAUCGCAAAAUUUCUAAGCACUAUUAAAUAUUAUAAUUUGCAAUCAAUACAGAAUAUUUUUGUUCUUAGUAAUUAUAUAAGAUUAGUAUGAAAUUAUAAAUGCCGCGUUUGAGAAUCCACAUCAGAUGCAUCUGAGAUGUAGUAAAUCUUUGAUCACGUGAUCCAGUAUACGUAAAUGUAAUGGGACAGAUGUGUCCGAUGUGGAUAAAAAAACGCUCGAGAUGUAA